AUGCAUCUUAAUGAUGAACAUGACGCGCCUGAUCAACCACCAAACACCAACCGCGGGAGAGGUAGAAGAAAAGGAAGGGGGGAACAGGUGGCCCAAAAUCAGAAGAUAGCACGUUCAGGAUGGCGACGCAAUCGCCGGGCCGAUCAAUUCUGUGUUCACCUCGUGGCUGACGAGCGCCAGAUACCAGUUUAUGCAGUGGAGUUCAAAGCGCCUCAUAAAUUAACCGUCGCUGAACUAGUUGCGGGCUUCCAUGAGAUGGACCUGGAGCGCGAUGUUAUCAAUCAGGAAGGUGAUACAUUCGAGUUUUAUGCUACUACUCUUGCUGCUGCUGUGUCUGCUCAGAUAUUUUCAUACAUGCAUGGCCUGGGGAGACCACUCGGAUGUAUUCGGACGGGGGAGGCGAUUGUCUUUCUACGUAUUCCGACGGAUCCUACCGUACUUCAGUACCACUUGUGCAUCCCAAACCAAGACGUGCAGGCAGGCGAUGAGAGCCGUCUUCACCGGACCGCUGUGGGUCAGAUGCUUGCAUUCACCCUCCAAGCACUGGCUGCCGAAGCUCCAUCUCAAGAGUGGCAUGAUGCAGCAUAUAGAAACCUGUCAACUUGGGAAGUCGAAUACUUGAAUGUCUUGCGUGAUAUCCCCGAAACGAUACGCAAGGAACCGCCGUCCUCGAAUUACCGGCCUUCACACUGGAAACCGAUUCUAAAGACACACAAUACACGUUCCCGCGCUCGCUGUAAUCCAGGUAUAUCUACCCCGCAGGGCUCUCCAAGUGAGGAUAGCGACAGUGACAAUGGGGUACCUUCGCCGUCUACCGCACCAGCCGCCCGCAGAUCGAACCGCAGAAAAGGGAGUGAACGCCUAUUAGCAAGCGGACAAGAGCAGGCACCGCGUGACCGGAGGAAAAAGGAGGCCCCUUCUCAAAAGGGCGUGCAGAGAUCAUACUGCACUAUGGCUUGCCUCCGCGGUAUGGCCAACCGAGGUCGCCUCGAUACCAAGUGCCCCAAUCGGCAACUCCACGGUGGUCAGUGGCAUCCGAUGGACGCGCGUGGGUUCACGCGCAACCUGCAUCGUCAACUUGUCCAGAACCGGAACGAGGGUUUUGAACCACUACACAUCCGUGGUCGGACUGGGUAUCUGUUAAAAGCAACUCUAUUGUCUCACGGGUAUACCGUGAUUAUCAAAGCCACAACGGAGGAGAAGGAACAUGCCCUUAUAGCAGAAGCAGACAACUAUCACCGCCUCCGUACCUUGCAAGGGCAUCACAUCCCGGUCUGUCUAGGCAGCUUCGUGCCGAACAUCGAAUAUUGGUACCAUGGUGAAAUAAUGACGCAUAUGAUGAUCCUGAGUUGGUCUGGAACUCGUCUUCAGCGAAUAAACAACGAAAAUUCAGCCUUCUUCCACGAAGAGCGCAAUCGUUGCCUGUCCAUCCUCCAGUCACACGGAGUCGACCACAAAGACAAAGAGUGGCGUAAUAUGCUAUGGGACGAAUCCACCCAGCGGUUGGUUAUCAUUGAUUUGGAGGACGUGGAGUGGCUCAAGCAGCCUAAGCGGCCUCGGGCUCUCCAACCAACAACGGGCAAUUUAUGUCAUCAUGCCGCGAGGGCGCCGAGAAAUAAACGAAGGCGCCUUCGCAGUCUGCCUGCUGCCUGCAACUCGUGA